AUUUGGUGCGGCUAUUGUUAACAAAAUUUCUCUCGUUCAGAAUUUAUUAAUGUAAAUAGCAAGCAUACGAACAAGUUAGUUAUGCUCCACUCUGAGUCGUCAGCAACAUUAGCGAGAGAGUGUCGGAAGAGUGAGGAAGUUUGGACUUGAAUGAGUUUUGUUUCUUGAGAGAUUAUGCAAGGCCCUAACCUAGCACAAUUUGCUCCCUUGCACAAGGGCAGGAGUUUCAUAUGCUACAGGGAUGUGAACAAAGCCAUAGAGAGACACAGGGAGUUGUACGGACUCCGCCUGUUGUUGAAAAAGGCGAUAAAACUGGAGAACUACUGCCUCACUGUCGAUCAGAUGAGGGACCUCAAUUUCCGACUCAAAUAUGGGGAGUUGGAUUAUCAGUGCUCUGUGGAUAAUGGUCGACCUGGGCGCCCAGGCAAAGAUGAGAGAUGCCCAAGGCUUGUCCGCCUCCGUUUAAGCCCAGAUGCUCGGACUCUGGUUGUUUAUGACACACACAUCCAUGAACCCGUAUUUAGUAGUCCAAGUCAAGUUCCGGUAAUGUCGCCACCUUAUGUACUGCAGGGUGUACUUCCAGAAAUUCCGUUCAAAAGCAGUACUUCAACAGCAUCACCUGGCUUAUCACCUGUUGUGUCGCCCUCCCCAACAACUCCUGCCACUUCAGCACUUCAGUCCACUCCUACACUUCCUUCGCAAAGUCAGAGCAUCAAAAGUAACUCUGUUACUCCUACCACUUCACCUAGUUAUGAAAAAAUCACAGUUAAACUAAAGAAAUCACAAUUUUCACCUAAUGAGAUGGUGGUUGUUGGAAGUGCUCGAGAUGCUCAGGAACAAUUUGAACUCAGGAAUACUCCUGAGAAAACUUACACCCAGAGCUCGAUGGAGACACCAAACUUUGGAGAUAAAUCUGAAUCUGCAUAUUUAGCAAGGCAAUUUGUUGAAAAGCUGAAAGAGAACAAGUCAACUACAAUUGUAUUCAAGCCCAUAGCCAAAGGUCCCUCUUCUGUUCCAGAAAUACCAGUAGUUCCUCAUCUUACAGUGAUGCAGAAACCCCUCCAACGGAUUGCUCCAAAACCACCAGAGAGUACCUUGUCUGGAAUGAAUAACAAAACUGAAAAGGAGUCUUCUGUCAAAGAAGGGAAGACUGACAAAAAAACAGGGAAACCAGUUUUUGUUAAAGUGCCACAGAAAAUUCUGCCCAAGCCACCUAAACCAAGUGAGAAAAUUGCACCCAAGCCAUUUGAGAGGAUUGCAACCAAACCAGUUGAGAAGGCUAUCCCCAAACCAGUUGAGAAGGUUGUAGUUAAACCAGUUGAGAAGGUUGUAACAAAACCAUUCGAGAAAAUGGUAAGCAAACCAGUUGAGAAAGUAGUAAAACCAUCUCCUAAAACUCUUCCCAAGCCUACUGACAAAACUACAAAAGGAGCAGAGAAGACUCUCUCUAAACCAAAUGACAAAUUUUUAGGGAAAUAUGUUGAUAAAAAUGUCAGUAAAGGAUCAUCAUCUGUUAAAGCUCCUGUUAGGUUAUCCCAACGUUGCAUUGACAAGAAUGCUCAGAGGAGCACUCCAACUGGUAAUGGGACAAAAAAUUAUGUUUACCGUAAUGGUACUACAAAUGGCUCUUCAAAAGGUGAGGGUAUGUCAAAUACAACAGCAAAUGGAACUAAGACAGGGCCUAAUGGCAAAAGGAUGUACAGGAAGAAAAAGGCCAGACAGUCAGAACCUUCUUUUGACAUAUCAUCUUUAUUGCCUUUGGACACAGAGUUGGGAUUUAAUGAAAAGACUCAACUUGCUCAUGGUGUUUUACUGAGAUUACUGAGAGUUACAAGCCAGCUUCCAAUGAUUGAGUUUACCCAUGCCUUGGAUACAUUAGAGAUGUUGGCAGAUGCUUUUAAGCUUGAACAAAGAGUAAACCUUACAGUUUCACAGGAUGAAGAUGAAAAAGAAGAGGAGCUGAACAUGGACCAUGAAUAUUAUGAAGAAUAUUACAACUUUGAGGAUGAAAUCACAUCCCUAGGCGAGGAACACCGAAUAGCACUCGCACAGGUGGAUGGAGCACUUGAUGAUUCUUAUACUGAUUCUUCCAAUUUCUCAAAAUCACCCACUUUUUACCCCUCACAAAAACGACAGAUGACUUUUUCAGAGGAUCACUCUAUAGAGUUGCUUCAUAAAAUGAAAAUGCAAAAGCUGGCUGCGUAGUUUCUUGGUAAUAUCAUGCCCAUUUUGCAGAUGGUCCUAACUGCAGCUCUCUCUCUUGUUCUUUUAAAGGUAAGAUGCCCUAUUAAAGUUGUUGGGUUGUUGGAGGUGAAGUGAGAGACUUAAAUUUAUCCUUAAGUUCAUCAGUUCAUCUCAUGAUAUUGGUAGUUUUCAUGAGCAUUAUACCAAUUUUUUUACUUUAUGUUGCAGCUAAGUUGUAUUUAAUGCAGUUUUUUAUGCAAGUUCUUAGGUUUUAUACACUCAUAUUUAUUAAAUGUAGGCAAAAAUUGGGCAAUACAUAGUAUUUGAAGUACUGACAAAUUUUCCUUUGUAAUCUGUAAUAAUUUUAGUAUUUUAGUAUCAUAGUAUGAUUUUAAGGUUAUGUCACAGUAGAAUACUUGUAUAACUGUGUUAUUUUAAUGUUUUCCACUAAUUGUAACCUAUAGCACAAUUGUCUGAUAAGGCAAGAAUAUUUAUUAGUAAUUAUUGUCAUGUAAGAGAGUUAACUUUAGAUAUUGGUAUUUUUGUGACUUCCUGAUAUUCAGGAAUUCAGGGUAUAUUAAAUUUCCCCCUUGUAGACAGGAUUUUGUUUUCUCCAAAUCUUGAAGCCAUUGUGAUAUCAGAGUGUCCUAUUCUUUUUCUCUGUUCUUUGUGACUAUAUGUGUAUCUUGUCUUAAAAUUUAUCUUUAUCUAGGAUAAUUUUCAUAUUUAUAAUCAGAUGGUUACUUUUUUUGUUUAAAUAAAUCACUGAGUUAACAGUCAACUUGAAUAGUGCUGGCCUGAAAGGGUUGUUCUUGAUAAAUAUAUGUGGAUCUUGUUUAAUACAUUACAACUCUUUCUAGAUUUGAUGGUUUGAUAAAUUAUGAAUGUAGAUGGUUCUGAAACUGUAGUUUCUGGAAAGGAUUUGUCUAAAAGUUUAGUAUUCGUAUUUUUUAUAUAUUCAGUUAAUUGAAAAGCUUGUCAAGUCUCAAGAGAUCUUGUUUUGCUCUUAAAUUGGAAAGGAUUCAAUGACUUCAAAAUCUUCAUAGUAUGGUGUACACACCAGUUGAGUAUGAUUUUUAGUAAAAUUAGUAAUACAAUAUUCAUUUAUCAAAUGGCUGUAUAAACAUUUUUUCUAUUUUUAUAUCAGUGGAUAUAGUAUAGUAGCCAGAUAAUCUAUAUAUGAACAGGAAAAUACAAAUCAUACAGUUGCAAGGUCUGUAUCGUUAUAUUUAUGAAUUUAUUUCUUGGGAACACUGAACCACACUACUAGAUUCCUUGGUGACACCUGAAGGAUUUGUUCUUAAAUGAGAUUGCAGCAAAGUAGGGUCAAGAAAUUUGCCAGCUAGUUAUAGUAUAGUAAAAGAUUGGAAGUAAUGUAACUUUAUAUUAGGGAUAUUGCCAUGGAACACUUGGUGCCUUGUGCACUGUUUCCAUACAAAGUACAACUAAAAGUGGUAAUAUUGCAUUAAAAAAAGGGGGGGGUGUACUUCAAAGUUAAAAUUAUUGGUAAUUUGGCAUAUCCACCCAACUGCUUCUUUGAAAAUCCUUAACUCAAGGUUUUAUGAGACCUGUAUUUCAGAAACAAAUUUUUAUUAGUUAAAGGCCUUGCAAUUUGUUAUUACACAUUUAGUUGCACCAUUUGUGUUUGAGGUCUUUAUAUAUGUUUUAUUGUGAAUUAGGCACGGUUUUUUUACUUAAAUUUUUCAUUUUUAGUGAAGAGUUCUUGUUGUUUUAUGUUUGACAGGCCAUUUACAAAAGUGUAGAAUUUGAAUUCAUCUCUUCAACUCAAAGAGUCUAUCAAUUUCAUUUAAGUAAAAACUUUCUCACUGUAUUCUCAUUUUUGUUAGAUUGCUAGUAUCUUGGUGUAUUAUUUUGGUGUUUCUAGUCAUUAGUUUUCAGAAUUUUUUUUAGUGAAUACAGAACAACAUUUGUCUUGCAAAUUCUGUAUUUAGUGAACAUGCGUUGUCAGGAAGUUUUUGUCCAUCUUAGUAAGUUUUAUUUCAAAAGACUUUUAUUCUUUAGAAAGGAAAUAUUGCAUUCUUGUCAAGAGUAAUUAUGAUCCCAUAGACAAGUACCUGAGACUGAAUCCACUUGACCUAACUGUAACGAUUAAAUUUGCUCUUCAGGACGAGCCAGGAAUGGAGCAGAUGUUAACUUUGAAUUUGAUGUUUAUUGUAGCAUCCCUUUUAUUUAAAAAAAAGAAGAAAAUGUGUUCUUAUUUACAUUACUUGAAAAAAUACUAAUGGCAAAUGUGUCUGUAUGAAAUUGCAGUUUUUUUUCCAAUUAUAUAGAGGUUAUUGUAGUUGAGAAGAAAACUUUGAUAUUUGCCUUAAAUUUUCUGCUUGGGCAUGCUUUUGGUAAAGAUGGAAAAAUUAAAAGGAAAAUGUGUGCUGCUCUCAGGUAUAUAAUUGGUUUUUCAUUGUUAAAGACAAUUUUACACUAGAUUUUUUAGGGAGAAAUGUGUUUUGCAUUUAAUUUUUAACUGUUUUUAAUGCAUUCAGUACUUAACUCCUCAAGAUUCCCCCAAAACUCACCUUUGGGAAAGCGUACUUAACUGGAUACGGUCAUAGCAAUAUUUUUCAUGGUUUACUGCUGGGUAAAUGACAUUAUUUUGGAGCUGAAUACUUGUGUUUUUUUCUUAAUAUGUGCGACAAAGGUAAACAGCAAGAUUAUAAAGUAAAAAUGAUGAGUUGAUGAUACAGAUGCCAAUAGUCCCUGAAUCACAAGUUUUUUUUUUUUUUUUUUUUUUUUUUUUUAUUGAUUCUAUCGGAUUUCCAGCUGGUGCUAGUAUAUAUCCUAAUAUUAAGACCUUAGGGUUGUUAGUUAUGAAAAAUACAAAUUGAAAAAAAAAUGUUCAUUUUGUGUAGGUAAUGUAACUUGCAUGUAGUCGUCAGUGUCUCAACAGUUGACAUUUACAAGGCAGCAAUGGCAUCUUUAGAAUGUCAGGGUUAAAGAUUUUAAAUUUUGUCACCACAAACAGUUGUCAUUUUCAGUAAGUAGUGUAGUGGCCCUUCAAGUUAUUAACCUGAAAAAUCUCUUGUACAACAAAUAAAUUGGUAAAUAAACCAAAGCAAUAAAUAAUAUGACCAGAUAAAAAGUUAACCAUUCUAGUCAGUUAUUAUUUAACAUUUAUGGUACCUGUUGCAGUUAAUGAAUUACAAACUUAUGGAGUAAUUAAUUGGAUAACAGAUUAAAAAAGAACAAACCCAUUAUUGGACUAGGACAUCCUCAAACCGAGAGAGAUCACAUUGAAAUCAUUUAUCCUUCGUCACAUGUUUACACUCAUUUGACCCAUGAAUAUUGGAUGAAUAGCCCACAUGACCCAGUCCCUGUAUGAAAGAAUGUAAUUCAAAAUUGACAAAUUAUUUUUUGGUUGAUAUUCAAACUUCACUUUCUGCAGGCUGAUUUCCAAUCAGAGCUGUCUUGGGUUUAUAGUCAUUUGGCUCCAAAAAGAAAGGAAGAAAAGUAGUGUCCAUUUUUGGAAACUUACUUUUUUGUUGAACUGAUUAUGUAAUUUUUAAAGAGCAGAAAAUUUUAAUAUUAAAUUUAAGUCUUAUUAGGGACACACCCUUACAACCAGCCCUAUGAUAGUGAUGAUAACUGCAAUAAUGAUGAUAUAAAUAAUUAUCAAGGAUUCGGUUUUUCAUCAGUUUACAAAGUAUGUUUUUAUGAGGAAUGUAUUAAACUUUUUCCCAGGUUGACAGUUCACCUAGUAAUUUAGUACGAAUGACCUCAAGUUGCACUGAACUAUUGUUAGAAAGUUGUGCACAAAGAAAUAAAUUGUAUUUUAUGGCUAUGAAGAUAUUUUGGUAUCUACUAGCCAGUUUGAAAAUAUUUUGGCAAAUGUUGGUCAUUCCCUACUUUUUGUGGUAUUAAUAUUAUAGCAGCAUUUUCCACCUUAGUAUCAUGAAAAGUACCUGCCAUUUUGACAUUGAUAUUACCAUGAAUUUAGGCCUAAGAAAUCCCUUCAUUAUUCUUUUAAAAUGUAUUCCACAUUUCGUGCUCAAACGAAAAUCUUGCACUCAUAUACUAUGUACCAAAGACUUUGGAGCUACUACUAUUCAUUUAUACCUGUCAUUGUUAUUCUUAGUUGUUUUAUUCAUUGCUCAUGAUAUCACUUGGCUUUCUUAAGUAGUUAUUUUAAGUAUUGUUCAUAAGCUCAAGUUGAGAUGCUUAUUCUAUUGAGAUGUAUCAUUUCAUUUUGUUAUCCAAAUUAUUAUUAUUAAUUACCUAAUUUUAAUAAUUUCACCCUCUAUAUUUAUAUAUAACCCUUUCACUGCUACUAGCCAUAUUUUGAGUGAAUUUUGUGAUUAAUCAGUAAUUUGACUGAUCAGAUUGUGAACUUCAUAAUAAUUGGGAAGGAAAUUAUUAGUGCUAUAUUGUAAUGAUUAAAAUUUAUAAGACUGUUUUGCCUAUGAAUUGUUCUCUUGUCUUGGAUUACUUUUUAUGCAUUGUUCACUCAAGAUGAAAGUCAUGUAGGAGCAGUUCUCUGAAAGCUGUGGGAGGGUUAAUUACACCACUGAAUUGAAUAGCUUUAAUUGUGGUCAGUUUUGACCUCUUGUUUGUCUGGUUUGUUAUUAUCUUUAGUUUUAAAGUUCUGUUAAAAGCCAAUUUGCAGGAUGAGUAUGAAAAAUUUCCACAAAACCAGUACCACUGCCAUAUAAUAAUUAUUUUUAUUAUAAUAAAGAAAAAUCACUGCCAAGGGAGGAGGUACAUGCACACUGUCUUGUAAUUUUAGCUUGAUGCCUGCAUAGUUUUUUUUUUUAUAAUUAAGGGAAUAAAAUUCUUAUUCUUGUUAGGGGCUACUAAAUUUUUGUUCCAAUUGCAAUGUCAGUCCAUAUUAAAACGUUUUUAUGAUAAACUUUCUUUUUCUGAGAGCAGGUAAACAAAUGAACAGCUUUCAUUUUAUGAGUCUCUCUCUCUCUCUCUCUCUCUCUCUCCUCUCAUCU